AUGUCGCAGUUGGACACACAGGAAACAGAAACGCAGAUACGACACCUACUGCUGACGCCCUACAACAACGGAUUGAUCUCCAUAGUAACUGAGGACAUACAGAUAAGCCGCAUAUUGAUAACUAAGUGCAACGCAGAAACCUACCUGACGAUGAAAGGCCUGUUUGUGUGGCCCGACACUCCAGGAGGAAAAGAUGCAUCUCAGCCGUGCCCAAAAAACCCUCUAAGCCACGCCAGACGACAAUGCAAACUGUGCCUCAGUACUCACUGGCUGGUCUCAGACCUGGAGGACUGUGGUCUGGUGGUGGAGACCAUCCCUGAUCUGAAUCAUGUUGAAGUCACUGCUGAAAAUGCACUGGAGGUGGUGGAGAUGAUUAAGGAUUUAUUGAGCGACCACUCCACACUGAACUACCAGGAGGUGGCCACAGUCCUCAACAAGCUGGAGGACAUUGUGAACCUCAGCAGGGUCACACCAUGCCUGGGCCAAGCUCUCAUCAACAUCAUCUCUAACAUACUGGAGUCUGACAGCAACCUGGUGCCUUUUACUAACAUGAUCCUCAACAUCACUGAGGCAGUGGGAGACAGGAUGAUGGGCUACGAGGGCUCCUCCACCCUGACUGCCCCCUCCAUUGCUAUCUCAGUGGUGGAUGUAGUUCCUGGAGAGUUCAGCAGUUUAACUUUCGGAGUGUCAUCUGACCGCGCAGGCAAAAAGCCUGAGAUCUUCAUCAACAGCUAUCCCUUCAACCAAACAGUGGCUUUCAUCUCCCUGCCGUCCGUCCUGCAGCACAGCUUCCCAGAGAACAGCUCCACCCAGAGCCCACCCAGAGUCAAGUUUCAGUUCUUCGGCAUCCCAAUGCUCUUCAAGAACAGCCAACAGGGGCACGUCCUCAACACCUUUGUGGUAUCAGCCAGUGUGACCAACGCCAGCACUCCAAUCAAAGACCUGGAUGAAGACGUGGAAGUCAUGCUCUACCAUCUAAUACCCAACACACUUCACAGGGACGUGCAGUGCGUGUACUGGAACUUCAAUAAAAACAAUGGACACGGAGGCUGGGAUGAUGACGGCUGCAGGAAAGAAAACAGCAGCUCUCGGUACACAACGUGCCUGUGUGAUCAUCUCACACACUUCGGAGUUCUUCUGGACGUCUCCAGGACUCCGUUGGACCCGGCUAAUGAGCAGAUCCUCACCAUCAUCACUUACGUUGGAUGUGGAGUCUCCUCAGUGUUUUUGGGAAUCACUGUUCUCACCUACACAGCUUUCGAGAAGCUUCGUCGGGACUACCCCUCUCAGAUCCUGAUCCACCUCUCCCUGGCGCUGCUGGGCUUGAACCUGGUGUUUCUGGUCAACUCGUGGCUGUCCUCCUGGGGUCUGUACGGCCUCUGCGUGGCUGUAGCAUCCACAAUGCAUUACUUCCUCCUGGCGUCAUUCACCUGGAUGGGGUUAGAGGCCCUUAACAUGUACUUUGCAUUCGUCAAAGUCUUCAACGUCUACGUGCCCUCUUACAUCCUAAAGUUCUGCUCUCUGGGGUGGGGCAUUCCUCUGGUUAUCUGCAUCCUGGUGCUUAUCGUGAACAGAGAGGCCUACGGCAGUGACCUCUACACACACGGUCAACAAAGCCUGAAGCCAACUCUAGACAACUUCUGUUGGCUCCAGGACGAUCUGACAUUUUACGUGUCCGUGGUUGCUUAUGCCGCACUGGUCUUUCUCUUCAACAUUGCGGUUUUUGUCGUGGUUCUGAUCCAGAUUCGUCACAUGCGAGUCAACAGGCCGGCUGGGAUUCGCGGCGGACUCAUGCACGACCUGAAGGGCGUGGCCAGUAUCACUCUGUUACUGGGACUCACCUGGACAGUUGGCUUCUUCACGGUGGGACCAGCCAGAGUAGUUCUGCUCUACCUUUUCGCUGGACUCAACACCCUGCAAGGACUUUUCAUCUUCCUAUUCCACUGUCUGAUGAAGGAAAAUGUCAGGAAACAGUGGAGGAUUCACCUCUGCUUUGGACGUUUUCGACUUGAUGAGUAUUCUGACUACAGCAACUCGGGAUCAGUGGGAGUGACGGCCAAGCCCAAAUCAAAUCCUCCAAAAGCGCCAGUACCAUCAGUGGAUUCUGUGAAGUCCAGCUCCACAGAGAGCACAUCAGCGUCCUCCGACUCCAGCCAGAGAGACUCGUCCUGCAAGAGACCAAACCUGGGCCUUUUCGUGAAUUCCCUGGCUCUCCCUCGUGCCCAGAAGAGCCCCUCUGAUACGGGAGCUCUGCCCUCCCCCAGGGGGGAGAACCCAACACCUGGCUGGAGGAAUCACUUGCUUGGCCAGCAAGGAAAUAGAUAAAACACAAAGAACCACAGACACAUGCAAAUGCUAGAAACUGACCGAAACAGCAGCUUUAACAUGCAUUUGUUUUUUAACAUAAGCUACAGAUAUCAAAUUAAUUCCUUUGUAAUCCAGCUUCAUUAGAUCAUUUUAUCAUGCAAUCCUAUUGUCUUUUUGUUUUUGCCAACUACUGAUAAAGAGCCUGUAAU